CACUGCACGUUACCCAUUCGGGGUUUUGCGACAUCUAAAUAAGGUUUACGGCUGCGAGUUGCGAGAAAAGUAAACAAGCGAGCUCGCACCGCCGUGGCAACUCGACAGCGGCGUCGCUUGUCAAACUUUCAAGGCGUCCAGAGAGCUCAAAAACAGAGUGACAAUGCUCUUACAAUACCGAGCUGUUGUGUCAUUGGGACGCCGCAUGUGUUCCACUCAUGUGACGGGAGGACCUUUGGUGGACACAGCAAGACCCAAAUCAGACAUGUCUGAAUUCCGAGAGGUCUUUGCCAAAGCCAAGCACAUAGCUAUCAUCACAGGGGCAGGUGUCAGUGCUGAGAGUGGGCUACCGACUUUCCGGGGUGAACAUGAGAAAUGGAGGAAAUGGCAGUCGCAAGACCUGGCUUCUCCAGAGGCCUUCUCCCGCUACCCUUCACGAGUGUGGGAGUUCUACCAUCACAGAAGAGAGCUGGCAUUGAAUAAAACGCCCAACUCCGCUCAUGUAGCCAUAGCUGAGUGCGAGGCCCGGUUGAAAAAGCAGGGCCGCUCCGUCGUCGUCAUCACCCAGUGCAUCGACAACCUGCACCAGCAGGCGGGCUCCAAACAUGUGCUCAGAAUUCACGGUAGUCUGAUGGAGACGCGCUGUUUGACCUGUGGAGAUGUGGACGUCAACAAGCGCAGCCCCAUUUGUGCAGCCCUCAAGAACAAAGGUUCCCCGGACCCAAAUGUGGCCGAUGCUGACAUUCCUGUGGAUAAACUACCAAGGUGUUCCGAAAGUGAGUGCAACGGUCUGCUGAGGCCCAACGUCGUGUUUUUCGGGGAGACGUUGGACUCUCAUAUCCUGACCAAGGUGGAAAAAGAGCUGGAAGUCUGUGAUCUUUGUUUGGUGGUGGGUACGUCGUCAAUUGUCUACCCGGCAGCCAUGUUUGGCCCUCAGGUCGCAUCCAGAGGCGUGCCGGUUGCAGAAUUCAACCUGCGAACAACACCAAAGUCGGAGUACUUUACGCACCACUUCCAGGGGCCAUGUGGAACGACGCUGCCUGUAGCCCUGGCGCGGCACGAGUCUGAGGUCUAACGAAAACCCCCAACCGGUGGCUUCAGGCAACAGUCCAAACAAAAAAAAGGGUUGUUGUCGUAUUCUCUUACAUAUGUUUGCCUUUCAAGCUUCUGAUGCUUGGGUGUGUAGAAUGUAUCUUUGCAGGUGACCUCAUACUUGAACGAGCUGCUCAAUAACUGGAAAUUAGAUAUGUGCUGGAAGGGUUAAGAAUCGGCUAGACUGACCGCCAAGAGGAAUUGUUACAUAUGCAGUAGAUGACUAUUUCUUAUUUUUUUAUACAGACUGUGUACGUAACGACACAAUUAUGAGUACAAAAUUACAUACAGUACCCCCAAAAAUCUACAUCAUGUAUACUGUACCAAGCAUAUUUAGGUGCUAAAGGAUAAAUAUUUUUCCUUGUGUUAUCUUGUGCCUUUCACAAACCACCUUGACCAAACUUUUGCUUUAAACGUAGCAGAGCUCAUGUUACAUGGAUUUAUUGCACACAAUACAUACCUGCUCAUGUUCAUGAACGUCUUUGUCAGCCUAUGUAUUCUUACUCUGGGUUCAAUCGCAAUAAUGGGAAUUGUUCUGUCUUUUACAUGUUAUGCCUACAAAUUUAACACAUACUUUAAGACCAUCUACUCUAAUCAAAAUGAUGAUCAAGUAAAUAUUACUUGGCGAUUAUUUAAUAAAAUGUAUUAAACAUU